AUGAACACCAUGCUGUCAGAAAAUGCUGAAAGGAAGCCACGUGUGCUUCAUAAUCUGCAAAAGCAGCUAGAUGAGGCUGUCCUCGAUAUGCAACUCUAUGAGAAAGCUCUAGAUGUGUUUGAGGAUGAUCCUGCUACCGCUGGCAUAUUACACGAUCAUCUGCUAAGAACUAUGGCUACUCCAGUAGUCAACAAGAUUUUAUUUAGUCUGGACAAGGACAACAAAUUGAAGAAUGGAAUGGAGUUUGAAGACAGCGAAGAACAGGAUGUUCAGCUGAGCAGUACUGAGCGUACUUUUCUGGCAAAGAAUCUUCCAGGGCAAUUGUCAUCGAAGGCUCAAGCUUUAAUAGAAGCAGUGGAGGGAAAGCGGUUUGAUUCAUUUAUGGACGCCUUAAGAGAUGCAGCAGAGGAAAGUGGCUUGUUAUUUAAGAAGCUUGAUGAAGGACUAGAGCGAUCAAUGCUGCGUUCCUACCACAAGGAUUUGACAGCACAAGUUUCUUCAGAGACUGAUCCAGUGUCCUUCCUCCCAAAAGUUGUUGCUCUGCUUUUUCUCCAGGCAUACAACAAGGCUCUUCAGGCACCUGAAAGUGCUGUUCGUGCUGUCAUCACACUACUGAAGGACAAGCUACCAGCUUCAACCUUCAAGGUUUUAACUGAAUAUCACGGCACCACCGUGAAACUUCUCGCACUACAAGAUGCUGCUACUGGUGAUGAAGAUGAUUGCACAUCGGACCGAAUGCUGGAGAAGCAGGAAGACCUGGAAGAGAGGCUGAUGCCAGAACUAAAAUCCCUGGCCCUGGGCACAGGCAAAGAGUGA